CCACACAUGCGCGUUCUCCCAUGGACGAAACAAGUUGAUCCGAGAUAAGCAAAUUCGCGGGCCGAUUUCGCCCCCUUUUACGGCCGAACAAGCUCGAUUCACUAAUGAAGCGAUUCUGCACGAAUGGUGCCCGCACGAGUGGUAUCUCCUUGGCGAGCCGUGGAAGGAAACACAGGUGAUCGCGGAUCGUGCAGGCCGACGCAAAAUAAAAGGAAAACCAAAAGGCCUUGCGCAAAUUCGUCCCCGGCCUAAUCGAUUACAUACAUGCACUGACCAUUCGGCUUUCUCUUACACACAUUUUUUCUUUGGAAAUGAGCACCGCCAGUCCAUCUGAGGUGGAUGAGACAAGGAACUGAUUUUGAAAAUUUUUCAGCAUUCAUUUGCUUUAAAAGAAGUUGGAAAAAAAUGGCUGGUGGAAGAAAACAUUUGGCCAAUCGGAGUCAUCCUGUCCGACCUCCAAGUCUUCCGUGUGAUGAAAAGUCCAGACUUGCUGCCCUCGAUGGCAUGGGCCCAUCUCAAAGGCACAUCCCCAUGCCGGACAUUGCAGUUGAUGGUGAAUUAUUCCACGAAUGUCUGAUGUUCAUGUUUUCCUCUGUGUCCUGCGGACUUCAGUUUCUGCACCUCUACCGCUCAGUUUGGUGGCUUCCCAUGUCAAAUUCAAAAUAUGCAAUGAAUUUUUAUCUGGUUGACCCAUACUUGGUGGCAUUUAUCGGGGCCAUGCUCAGUCGGCAGUUUGUUUACUGCCUCUUCAAAAAGAUCAUAGUACUGACCUUAUUACCAACAUCUCUGCAGCAGGUUGCUGAUAAAGCCCUGAGAUGGACUCUUCUCGGUAUUCUCUCUGUGGUGUUGUUGAUUUGUGCAAUUUUCAUCCUGGACGGAAGUCAAGUUGUAAAUAUUCUCUACUUAGGAUAUCCGGCCUCAGUUUAUUUAAUAUUGUUUGGAUUCCGCAUUGGACCGUUCCUGUGCAGUACGGAUCACGGGCCUGACCAACUAAAAGGUGAGGCUUUUCACUCGUGUCCAUCUACGGCACCCACAGUCAGGGCUGAAGCAGAUGCUCUGAAAGGCGAUUUCAAUGCUCGAAUGAGACAUAUCCUCUUCAACUCUGUUCUCAGCGCAUAUUAUGCUGCUUUCAUACCUUGUUGCUUUGCUCAGAGCUCGUUGGCUUACGAUCUCGUUUGGGCUACACAGCACCUGCUCUUUGUAUGGCUUGGGUGCUUUACCAUGGCUGCAGCACAAACCUUCCCUGUGCAGUAUGUGGAUGUGUUGCAUCGAUCUGCUCUUCACCUAGGAAAGUGGUCAAAGUUGGAGGGUUGCAGAUCUCAUUUGCCAACGCACAUAUGGCACGAAGGAACAGUUUGGCCGAGUGGAUCAUUGGUGAAGUACUCGAGAGAAAUUUACAGAGCAGAGGGUGUGCAGACUGUGUGUGCCGAGCCAGCCAAUCUCGCCCACCUCCGGUUUUAUGCCGUUUUCCACAACCCGGGCCUCCUCUAUGGCACCCUGCUUUUACUGCAAGGGCUGCUGGUGUUCAUUCAACUGGGAUUGCUGGCCCACAUGGGCUCCGAGUGGUGGCGCGCCUUGUCCCUCACAUUGAUGCUGUUCACAAACUACUACACCCUGUUCAAGGCCACGCGUGACACUGUGGUCAGCUGGCGCCUCUCCUCGAGUGAAAAACUUCUUCAUUCGAAACUGGCCGCCGGGUGACAAGGGUGGGUGCACCCUACUAACACGUAAACUAUAGGAAGGGUGUGCAGCUUAGCAGCUUUUUGUUGUGGUUAUCGCGCUUCUGUGAUUCUAGUUGCAAAAAAACUGCCAUGCAAAAAUCUCUGUGUUUGUGAAAUGUCUCAUGAAACGGGACUUGAAAAGCAAGACCAUAUCAAUUCUGAUUCGAUGUACCCUUUCGCUAAGACUAAAAUAUUUUAGUGUUUGGAUGUUGUGUGAUGAUAGUCAUGAAUAUAACUCAAUGCUUUGUGCUCAAACUGCAAAACCAUUAUUUACUUUCUUAUCACGGCCUUUAUUUAAUUGCAUAAAUAUUAUUUAAGUAAGGCAGACGGAAUCGUGGUGUUGCUUAGUUGUGAAGUAAAAUAUCAAAUUCAACAAAACGAAAAGUUAAAAAAAAUUCUAAAAUUAAGGUGAUUCUUCUACGGGGUUUUGGCCAAAACUAGAAAUGCUGCACUGGAUUUCAAAUGAUUCAGAUUAUAAAAGUUGAACUAUUGCGUGUUAA